GGAGUUUACGGGGAAGCACUUGAACGCAGCACAACGUUACACUCCAGCGGCGGAGAGGAGAAAAGAUGCAGACUAUAAAGUGUGUGGUGGUGGGUGACGGAGCAGUAGGAAAGACUUGCCUGCUCAUCUCCUACACCACCAACAAGUUUCCCUCUGAAUACGUCCCCACGGUUUUUGAUAACUAUGCAGUGACAGUGAUGAUCGGCGGGGAGCCGUACACUUUGGGACUGUUUGACACUGCAGGUCAGGAGGACUACGACAGGCUGCGACCCCUCAGCUACCCUCAGACCGACGUCUUCCUGGUCUGUUUCUCCGUCGUAUCGCCUUCCUCUUUUGAGAACGUCAGAGAGAAGUGGGUGCCAGAGAUUUCACACCACUGCCCGCGGACGCCCUUCCUGCUGGUCGGGACUCAGGUGGAUCUGAGAGACGACAGCAACACUCUGGAGAAACUGGCCAAGAACAAACAGCGAGCUCUGACCUGCGAGAGCGGAGAGAAGCUGGCUCGCGAGCUGAAAGCCGUCAAAUAUGUCGAGUGUUCAGCUCUUACACAGAGGGGACUGAAGAACGUGUUCGAUGAGGCCAUCCUGGCAGCUCUGGAGCCUCCAGACACCAAACCCAAGAAGCGCUGCGUCCUGCUAUAGAUGCCACAAGAGAAGGACGUGAAGGAGGAGGUGAAGGUGAAGGAGGGGAGAGAUGAACCCAGAUGGGAGCAAAGGGGAGACAGCAGGGGG